UCCAGCGCCAAGCUCCAGUGAUGGUAGCUGGAGAUGUGAGCACUACAGAGCCGGAACCCUGAGAGCACCCCCUCCUUGAGGGAUCCAGGUCUAGUGCAGGUCUGCAGAGAAUCUGGCAGUUGGAAGGGACCUCUAAUGUCAUUUAGUUCAACCUCCCCCCUCUUCAGAUCUUUCCAGAGCCCACCUGAGGGCACCCAACUCUUCUUGGCCACAUCAAGGCAGAGCCACCUGAAGGCCAGCACAGAGGCAGCAACUCUCCUGGGGACUUGACAUCAGGAUCUAUGUUUAAGUUUUAGCUCUUGCUUACAAAGACCACAAAAACUCCAUCUCUGAAGCCCAGCAGAUCCACAGAACCCUCGAAGCCCCAGCCUGCCUCCUACUGCCCAGCUGCCAGCAAUGCCCUCCAGCGGCCCCGGGGACACCAGCAGCUCCGCUCUGGAGCGGGAGGAUGAUAGAAAGGAAGGAGAGGAACAGGAGGAGAAUCGUGGCAAGGAAGAGCGCCAGGAACCCAGUACCACGGCCCGGAAGGUGGGGAGGCCUGGCCGGAAGCGCAAGCACCCACCGGUGGAAAGCAGUGACACACCCAAGGACCCUGCAGUGACCAGCAAGUCUCAGCCCACGGCCCAGGACUCUGGCUCCUCAGAUCUGUUACCCAAUGGAGACUUGGAAAAGCGGAGUGAGCCCCAACCUGAGGAGGGGAGCCCAGCUGCAGGGCAGAAGGGUGGGGCCCCAGCUGAAGGAGAGGGAACUGAGACCCCACCAGAAUCCUCCCGAGCCGUGGAGAAUGGCUGCUGCACAACCAAGGAGGGCCGCGGAGCCUCUGCAGAAGAGGGCAAAGAACAGAAGCAGACCAACAUCGAAUCCAUGAAAAUGGAGGGCUCCCGGGGCCGACUGCGGGGUGGUUUGGGCUGGGAGUCCAGCCUCCGUCAGCGACCCAUGCCAAGACUCACCUUCCAGGCAGGGGACCCCUACUACAUCAGCAAACGGAAACGGGACGAAUGGCUGGCACGAUGGAAAAGGGAGGCUGAGAAGAAAGCCAAAGUGAUUGCAGUGAUGAACGCUGUAGAAGAAAACCAGGCCUCCGGAGAGCCUCAGAAGGUGGAGGAGGCCAGCCCUCCUGCCGUGCAGCAGCCCACCGACCCUGCGUCCCCGACUGUGGCCACCACCCCUGAGCCUGUGGGGGCUGAUGCUGGAGACAAGAACGCCACCAAAGCAGCUGACGAUGAACCUGAGUAUGAGGAUGGCCGGGGUUUUGGCAUUGGAGAGCUGGUGUGGGGGAAACUUCGGGGCUUCUCGUGGUGGCCAGGCCGGAUUGUGUCUUGGUGGAUGACAGGCCGGAGCCGAGCUGCUGAGGGCACUCGCUGGGUCAUGUGGUUCGGAGAUGGCAAGUUCUCAGUGGUGUGCGUGGAGAAGCUCAUGCCACUGAGCUCCUUCUGCAGUGCGUUCCACCAGGCCACCUACAAUAAGCAGCCCAUGUACCGCAAAGCCAUCUACGAAGUCCUCCAGGUGGCCAGCAGCCGUGCUGGGAAGCUGUUUCCAGCUUGCCAUGACAGUGACGAAAAUGACUCUGGCAAGGCUGUGGAGGUGCAGAACAAGCAGAUGAUUGAGUGGGCCCUGGGGGGCUUCCAGCCCUCUGGUCCCAAGGGCCUAGAGCCACCAGAAGAGGAGAAGAAUCCAUACAAGGAAGUUUACACAGACAUGUGGGUUGAACCUGAGGCAGCUGCGUAUGCACCACCCCCACCAGCCAAGAAGCCCAGAAAGAGCACAACGGAGAAGCCUAAGGUCAAGGAGAUCAUUGAUGAACGCACAAGAGAGCGGCUAGUGUAUGAGGUGCGGCAGAAGUGCAGAAACAUCGAGGACAUUUGUAUCUCAUGUGGAAGCCUCAAUGUCACCCUGGAGCACCCACUCUUCAUUGGUGGCAUGUGCCAGAACUGUAAGAACUGCUUCUUGGAGUGCGCGUACCAGUAUGACGACGACGGGUACCAGUCCUACUGCACCAUCUGCUGUGGGGGGCGCGAGGUGCUCAUGUGCGGGAACAACAACUGCUGCAGGUGCUUUUGUGUCGAGUGUGUGGAUCUCUUGGUGGGGCCAGGAGCUGCCCAAGCAGCCAUUAAGGAAGACCCCUGGAACUGCUAUAUGUGUGGGCACAAGGGCACCUAUGGCCUGCUGCGGAGACGGGAAGACUGGCCGUCAAGGCUCCAGAUGUUCUUUGCCAAUAACCAUGACCAGGAAUUUGACCCUCCGAAGGUUUACCCACCUGUCCCAGCUGAAAAGAGGAAGCCCAUCCGGGUGCUAUCUCUGUUUGAUGGAAUUGCUACAGGGCUCCUGGUGCUGAAGGACCUGGGCAUCCAAGUGGACCGCUACAUCGCCUCAGAGGUGUGUGAGGACUCCAUCACGGUGGGCAUGGUGCGGCACCAGGGAAAGAUCAUGUACGUCGGGGACGUCCGCAGCGUCACACAGAAGCAUAUCCAGGAGUGGGGCCCAUUUGACCUCGUGAUUGGGGGCAGUCCCUGCAAUGACCUCUCCAUCGUCAACCCUGCCCGGAAGGGACUUUACGAGGGUACUGGCCGGCUCUUCUUUGAGUUCUACCGCCUCCUGCAUGAUGCGCGGCCUAAGGAGGGAGAUGACCGCCCCUUCUUCUGGCUCUUUGAGAAUGUGGUGGCCAUGGGCGUUAGUGACAAGAGGGACAUCUCACGAUUUCUCGAGUCCAACCCUGUGAUGAUUGACGCCAAAGAAGUGUCUGCUGCACACAGAGCCCGUUACUUCUGGGGUAAUCUUCCUGGUAUGAACAGGCCAUUGGCAUCCACUGUGAAUGAUAAGCUGGAGCUGCAGGAGUGUCUGGAGCACGGCAGAAUAGCCAAGUUCAGCAAAGUGAGGACCAUUACCACCAGGUCAAACUCCAUAAAGCAGGGCAAAGACCAGCAUUUCCCCGUCUUCAUGAAUGAGAAGGAAGACAUCCUCUGGUGCACUGAGAUGGAAAGGGUGUUUGGCUUCCCUGUCCACUACACAGAUGUCUCCAACAUGAGCCGCUUGGCGAGGCAGAGACUGCUGGGCCGAUCGUGGAGCGUGCCGGUCAUCCGCCACCUCUUCGCUCCGCUGAAGGAAUAUUUUGCUUGUGUGUAAGGGACGUGGGGGCAAACUGAAGUAGUGAUGAUAACAAAGUUAAACAAACAAACAAAAAACAAAACACAAUAAAACACCAAGAACGAGAGGACGGAGAGAAGUAUCAGCACCCAGAAGAGAAAAAGGAAUUUAAAACAAACCACAGAGGAGGAAAUGCCGGAGGGCUUGGCCUUGUGAAAGGGUUGGACAUCAUCUCCUGAGUUUUCAAUGUUAAUCUUCAGUCCUAUUUAAAAAGCAAAAUAGGCCCUCCCCUUCUUCCCCUCCUUUUCCUAGGAGGUAAACCUUUUGUUUUCUACUCUUUUUCAGAGGGGUUUUCUGUUCGUUUGGGUUUUUGUUUCUGGCAGUGACUGAAGCGAGGGUUAUUGCAGCAAAAUCAGCAACAACAGAAGUAGUAAUACCUUGGACAGGAAAGGGAGAGAGGAAAAUUCUAUAAAAAUUUAUAUAUUUUUUUGUUUUGUUUUUGUUUUUUUUCUAUAUAUCUUUGGUUGUCUCUAGCCUGCAGAUAGGAGCACAAACAGGAACAGAGUAGAGACCCUCGGGAGGCAGAGUCCCCUCCCAGCCCCUGAGCAGUCUCAACAGCACCAUUCCUGCUCAUGCAAAACAGAACCCAGCUAGCAGCAGGGCGCUGAGAACACCACACCAGACACUUUUCUACAGUAUUUCAGGUGCCUACCAUACAGGGAACCUUGAAGAAAACCAGUUUCUAGAAGCCGCUGUUACCUCUUGUUUACAGUUUAUAUAUAUACGGUAGCUCUGAGAUAUAUAUAUAAAAGGUACUGAUAACUACUGUACAACCCGACUUCAUAACGGUGCUUUCACAACAGCGGGAUGAGUAAAGACAUCAGCUUCCACCCGGCCUUCUGUGCAGAGGGGUUCAGCCCAGGAUGGGGGAGGGAGGCAGCUCCAUAUCUGCCCCCCAUGCCCAGCCUCUCCCUGCCCAAAACGGGAUCAAGCUGAGGUGGUCAGAACCUGGGGAAGCUGAGUGUGGAGUUUAUCCAGACUCAUGCAAUAACCUUUGAAUAUAAUCUAAAAUGACUGCCUUGUUAAGGUGGUGUGAGAAAACUUUCCCCGCGAUUUUGAAUUUGUCAGCCACAUUGAAGGCUCCUCGUGGGCUCAGAAAUAACCCAGAGUGAGGGAAAGCAGUCUGCCAUUAACCCCACCUGGAGCAAAUAAAAAAACAUACAAAAUGUGCUGGUGCUUUCUGUCUAAGUUGCCUUUUGUGUGUUCUUUUAUGAGGCCCCCACCAUCCCUUCUGCACAAGGCAGCUCUGGUCCUGGAAUGUGAUGUUUUUGGUCAUCUCUACAGACUGCAGUUUCGUACUUGGAAGGCUGAUGACACCUUUAUUAUAAUUAUUCUUAUGGUUCUGGUUAUAAUUGUUUGUUUUCAGAUUUUCUUUGAGAAAACAGAAACCCAACACCCUUCCCUUUAGGUUUCAAACCAAGGUGCAGGGGGGUGGGGGUGGCAGGUGCUUCUAAGGCCCAGUGGCUCUGGUGCCCUGGCUCUCACCCCUCGGGCCAGGUGGGCCACUGGGCAGUACAGCAACAAGCUAGGCGGCCAGGGCGUUCUGAGGCCCACCCUCCGGGCCAGUCACUCUUCUCUUCUUCUUCUUCCCCUCCUCGUGAGUCCGGUGUGUCAGGGCCGGAGGGAGGCCGGGGCAGCCUCUCUCCUCGUGUGUGUGGUUGGAAUGGCGUGUGUUUCUUUUCUAGUGUUUGGUCUGACAGCUGGGCUCUCACCUUGAGUCAGUGUCACCUGGGGCCCACGUGCUCGCACUUUGUUCCGCUUCCUACCCAGGGCAGGCAGCCUGGUGUCGGCAGUGGGAAGGGAAGGUGUUUGUUGGCCCCGAGGUGAGGGCCCAAUGGGCAGAGCUUGCCUGGAUGGAUGGAGUGUAGAUAUGUGGCAUAUAGAGAUAUAUAUUUUAUAAUGGGAGGGGGGACGGCACCUCCUGGGACCAGCAGGGGCUGGGAGGUGUGCUGUCAAGCACAUGGUCCCAAGACCGCAUCCCUAGAAAGAUGGGGCCUAUGAUAGGCCCCAUAUAAAUACAUAGAUAGGGUCAUGUAUAAGAAGUAUACACAGUGGGGGUUGGAGGGAGUGGGCUCUGUGUUGAGCCUGGGUCCCUCCCACAGACAGCCCCACACCAGUCAGUCAGUCUAACACAUGCACAGGACACACACCAGGGGGCUCCUGGCACACUUCUCCCCAGGAUCAGGACCCUGGAGUCAGCCCAUGCAGCUCUUACACUUCUGUUGCCCUGAUGACAGAUAAGACUCGAAGUUGCUAGGUGCUGAAGUCAGGAACAGGAGGAGGUUUGGUCCAAGCAGGUGCUUCCUCUAGCAGGUCUGUGUUCUAUACCUUCUGCCCCUGGUGAUGUCAAAGAUUCUUCUGUUAGCAGCCUGUGGUUACUGACCUGCAACUCUAGGCACCAGUCAAGUCAGCCCUCAACUCCCCCUACCUAUUCUCCCCAACCAGAGUCAAAUUGAAAUCUGUUUUGGUCACUGGGCUUCCAUUGGGAAAAGAAAAAAAAAUUAAAAUGGGACAGGGAACCUCAUCUUUGGAAUAAAGCGAAUUAGUAAUUAGUAAUAAAACCAAACAAAGCCUUUGGCUCCCUUAGUUGCUGCUCAGGAGUAAGCCCAGCUCGUCACACCUCUUGGGCUGUGAUCCUGCCUGCCUCUGCUCAUUUUCUCUGGAUAGACUUAAGACUGCAGCUAGUUCUCCCUGCUUUGGCAGGUAGAGACUGUGGCCGGAGCAUCCACGAGAGGGGAAUGCCUGCCCCCUUGAAGUCCCUAUGCUGAAUGUGACAUCCUCCCUUGCUCCAGCAGGGCUCCAUUCUGACCUGGAGUCCACCAGCACCGUGCAGGAGGACUGGGGGGGAGGAGGGCUGCCUUAGGCAGUCCAGGGUGCUCCCUCCCCCUAUAGCCAAUGCCAAGGUCUUCCCAGCUGGCAGGAGUGUCUUCAAGGGCCUUCCUCUUCCACUUCUGCCCACUGCUAUGUGAAGAAGCUAGCCUUUCCCAGCGCCACCUCAGCCAGGCCUGUGCUCCCCAAUCCUUGGGCUUAGUGUGAGGGCUCAAGAGGAGCCUCCGUGGUAAAGGAUAUGGCAUCCCCGAGGAACUGAGUUGAGGCUUCCAGGUGACUGCCCAAUCCUUCCAGCCCAUUGUGUGGGCUUGGUCUCACUGUAGCGUGGAGGCACCGGUCAAGUCAGGCAUUGACUAUCCCCUCCCCAGUCUCUUUUUGGGGUCUUUGGGAAUGUGCCAGCUUGGCACAGCCGUGAUUCCCUUCAUGCACCUCUGUUCCAAGUGAGGCUUCUGGGAUCCCAUUCAGAGGAAAGCUGCUAGGAUGCUGUGGGUACUGAGGUGGGGUUAUGGGAAGCUUGUGCAGUGCAUCUAGGAGCUCACUGUGGAUGGCUGAGGCUAGUGGGGGUUCCCUGUGGGGUCUCCUUUCCAAAGAGAAGGCUUGUUUUCCCUGGAAACUAAGGUGCUAGGGACUGAGUGACAGCCUCCCUUCUGCAGGUGCCAUGUGAAGCCUCGUGCCAAAGAUCUGUGGCCCUUGCCCAGGGGAGGUAGCCGGUGCUAGCGCCAGGGUCACGGAACCAAGGCCUCCUGUGGAGGCACACAUGCCAGCGGGGUCCAAGCUGGUGCUAAUUCCUCCCCACAGGACCCAGUAAGCCUGGGAACCUGCAGUAGGCUGUAUCUCUGGGGUCGGAUACCCUGUUAGAAAGCAAAAGUCCCCUAAAGAGCCUGGACCUCUUCAUUUUGGCAGCAGGGCUGGGUGUGGCAGCAGAUAGAUUGCAAGUAAGUAUCCCUGUGGCUGUUGGUAAACAGCGAGUGUGGAUUCAGGAGCAACAGGUUGUAGGGCAAGUCGACAUUGGAAGGGCCUCCCAGCCCUGAUAGCAUCUCUCUCUUCUGGGGAUGCUCUGUUCCAGUCAUCACGUGCUGUGUCCAGGGUAAAGCCUCUGGUUUAGGAGUUGGGGGGAGUUAAGCUGAGUCACUUUGAAAGAAUGUGCUUAUAGGAAAACUACAGAAUGUUGGUUUCUAUAUUUCUUACUACGCAGUGUGUCCAGAGGAAAGUGAAUUCCCAGCUCUGCCUAGAUGGGUGCAGGGCUACACUGUCUUCAAGAACUAUCGCUGUGAACGGCCCAGCUGAGCUUCUAAGCCGGCCCAUGUUUAGAUCUGAAUUUGGCACUUGACUGCUCACCAUGCUUGUGAUGAGGUGGGGGUCCCGAGUUGCCCCGCAUGGCAAAGAACAGCUGAAGCCUCUCACCCCACUGCAUGGCAAAGGUGGUGUUGCUGAGUGAUGAGGUUGAGUUAGAAUGGCCCUUUUGACUCUUUCUCAUUAGUCAGUGCAACAGUGCCAGGUCAGGGGACCCCUAAGGAAAGGGUCACUGAGGGUCAUUGUGACCCUCAUGUUCGUGCUAAGAGAGCUGAGGUCUUUGGGAAAUAAGGAUCUUGUGUGCAGGCUUCCAAGACCUGGCUAAAAAUCUUUAGCCCCAGGCACUAGAGUUUUGGCCUAGAGACCAAGAAGUAGAUCCAGAGGGAGAAAUAUGGAAGGCCUUUAGCUGGUGGGGGGCUUGGCAGCUUCUCUCGGGGACCCCAGAAACUCCAGUAACUGGCUCCCCUAUUGGGUGGAGCUCAUGUGUGGGCUCAGAGUGGCCCUCCUAAAGCAGCCCGGCCCCUGAACCUGAGGACAUGAGCAGCGGUCUAAAGUCUCACUAGUCCCAUUUUACAGACUAAUUUGAUUGCCCAGCCCUAGAAUUCUAUAGAAACAACAAAUAAAAACUGAAAUUCUUUAGAAUAUGCAGAGGGGAGGAGGUGACUCAACAAGGUGCUAAACACAUUUUAUUAAAAAUAUAUAUUGUUAAAUUAAGUCUGCUGUCUGGACAAUGAUGUUUUGUUUUGUUUUCUUGUAGUGGAGUUUAAAAGAGACUAUUAUUUUACUCUGAUAUAUUAUUAUUAAAAAGGCAUUUUAACUUUGUACUUGAAAACUAAGUGAGCGAUUUCACGUGUUUUAGCUGAGGCAUCGAAGUAGCGGGUGCUUUCUCGUGGGAAAUCAUGUAUUCAUACUGCAAAAUAAACUCCGUAGCUGAUUUGGUAAUAACGUUUACUGUUACAGGCGACUUCGCUUUGACCCCGGUGGCAGAGCGCUUUUAUUCCACAUUCCACGCAGCUAAGUGCAGGACCUUCCAGAAUUUUCCCUCCCUCGGCCCUCUUUCUUUUUGGUUCCUCUUCCUCUCUCUCUUUUAUUUUUUUUUAUUGUUGUUUGUUUGUUUUUCUGGUCCCAGCAUCCUUCUACCACUGUAUUUUUUGUUAGGGUUGCUUCUCUAUUUAUUGACAAUAAUAAUGUACAUUUCACAGUCUGGUUCCGGGACAGCCAGGAGAGGCGUGGGGGCCGCACACAGCCUGCUGCACCACCCGGCGUCCCCUUGUAUCUCUGUGUACGUGAUGCUUGUGGCAUAGCUGUCGAUGAAAUAAUUAAAAAGGUCAAUGCGUACAGCAGAUGUAGAAAGUCUGUCAAGUUCCGCUUCCAUCACAUUUUUUUUUGUGCCCAGAAGAAUAUAAUAAAGCUCCUUUCUAAUGUACUUGUGCUGGAGAACACUUGAAUAAAUGGACUGUUUUUGUGCAAAAAGAAAAACGGAAAAAAAAAAGCACCGUCAUAAUGUCCUUUUGUCCUGCGUCUCCUCCCCGCCUCCCCCCCAUGUGACAGCUCACAGUCCUCCAGAGGGCUGAAGUACCCAAGAGGGUGCAGAUAAUACCGGGGGAGGGGGGAUUUCUAGAGUAUCGCCGGUGUGGUGGUAACUAGGUAGGGGCUGGGACCCAAGGAUGGGGAGUUUGCUCAAGCUCAGAAAUAAGUUAGAUGAAGUUGUCUAGAAAGGCAUUUUAACUUCCGGAAACAACAGAUGUCUUGAGACCAGAGCAGGAAACAGACCGGCGUUCUGGUCAGAUGCCAAUAGGUGGACCCAGUGGGGAUUUACUUACUCCAGGGGUCCAAAGAGAAGCAGUCUGAGAGGUAGACAGCUGGGACUGGGGCUGGGAGAAUCCUGGAAGAACCUGAGAUUUAAAGGAGGUAUUUGCAAACAAGGGCCCGGAUAAGUAGCCAAUAGGGCUAUUUCUGGGCGGCUUACAGGCUGCCUGGCAGGGCCUGUGGUCCACCAAGUUGUAAGGUCUGUGUGUCCUACAUAUCUCCAGCAGUACCCAGCAGACUUGACCAGGUGCCCACGCCUAAGGAUUGUUCAGGCCGUUUAUUCCACCAGGUUUUUGGGAGGUUAGGAUGGCAGAGAUACCAUGUGGGGGAGCAAGUGGGAAGCCCUGCUGAACAGGUUUCCUCAUGGGCACUUUUUCUCGCUUGUUUUUUUCUUUCUUUCUUUGACAAGGUUGUAAAUGUAUAUUUGACUUUUACGCUACUUUUUUCUUGAUGUUUUUCAAUGUUGAUGUGGAAUCUUACUUUCAAAUGGCUGCAUGGCAUUUUCUUGUUGAAUGUUUGUUUAUAUAUAUUUUAUUUUCGCUAUAAAUAGAGCUUCAAUAAACAUCUUUAUGUUUUGGCUUC